UCUGAAGUAAAUCUCUCUAUCUUCCACUCUCUCUCUCUCUCUAGUGUUUGAGAUUUGGAAGUAAUGGGUUGCUUGCUCGGUUGCUUCGGCCGUCGGAAAAAUCGCCGCCGUCAAAGACGCAGGGAAUCUUUCCAGCCUCGUCCAAACAGAAUCUCUGAGGUGUCUACGAAAGAUGUUCCCGUGAAGCUUAGGGUUCCUACUGUUGAGGAAGUCACAAAGUCUCCUCCACAUGAUGAAUUUAGAGUUGCUUGUGUUGAGGAAGUCCCUAAAAUCUCUGUGAUUCCGACCACUGAUACUAUCUCUGACAAGACUGACAAGCCUAAGGAGAUACACAGUCCGAGUCCGAGUCUAACUCGUAAGAGAGUGACUUUUGACUCCAAUGUCAAAACAUACGAACACAUUGUUGUAGAAGAAUCUAUUGAGCUCUUUGAAGAGAAGAAAGAAGAAAAGGUAAAGCCUUUGAAGUCAUGUUCAUCUGAGGGAAGCGAUGUUACCUCCAACUCGUCAGGGUCUUUUCCUUCAAACCAUAGAUACCAAAACUGCAGAGAAAGUGACGAUGAAGAAGAAGAGGAUGUAACAGAUUGCGACGAGAGCGAUCUAGAGGAUCUUGAUGAUGAUGAUGGUGAGCUGCUUGAUGAGGACUAUUAUGAUAAUGAUGAUGAAAACUACGAGGAUAAGCUGCAUAAUUGGGAUAAAGAAGUCUAUACAGAGGAGAUUGCAGAUAACACAUUGGACAUUGCUGCGACUGCUAGAGACAGAAGCGGUUAUGUCAACGCGGUACUUAACCCGAUAGAGAAUCUAACUCAAUGGAAAGCUGUGAAAUCCAAAGGAAGAAGAACACAAACAUAUACACAGUCUCGAAAAGAGAAGGCUACUAAUCUCAUAUCCGAUCAAGAACACAUGCCAACUGCUUCUUUUAGCUUGGACGAGCCUAAGCCAAAACUAAGAGAUGAAACCAAGAAACAGAGAAGCCAAGAAGUUGCUGUUGAUGCUAGUCUCUCAACUUGGUUAUCCUCAUCACCGACCACCACCAGCGGAUGCAGCAGCAGUGUUGAAACCGCAAUGUCCGAGAAGAAGAAGAAGUACACAUCUAAUAGCUCAAAACCGGUUCAAAGCUACGAUGAGAGACCUAUACUUGGCGCGUUAACUUCAGAGGAGAUAAAACAGUUCUCAGCUACGAAUUCUCCGAGGAAAUCUCCGAGUAGAAGACCUGAGUCACCGAUCAUCGGAACAGUUGGUGGUUAUUGGAACAAUCACUCAAUGGCCACAAGGAAAGUAUAGAGCAAAAGUAUGAAGUCUACACAUGUUUGAUUACAUUUGAUACUGUGAGUAAAAUCAUCAUUUGUUUAUUAAUUUGGCUUUGUGAAGUUACCACUUUGUGUGUGUUGUGUUGUGUGUGUGUGUUUCUUAAACACCAAAUCUUUGUGUGUG